AUGGCCAAGCCCUGUCCACCAGCGGGGACGGCGGCCUCGUCAAGCGUGACAUGGCGAGCCAUCGCUGUGUCGUGCGCCACGCUGUGCCUGCUCGCGCACCUGCACCUCGUCGCCUGCCAGACUGCCACCGGCGGCGGCGGCGGCGGCGGCGGCAGCGCGUCGCUGAACUACACGGACGCGCUGGUGAAGUCGAUCCUCUUCUUCGACGCGCAGCGGUCGGGUCGCAUCAGCGGAGCCGGCGCGCGCAUGCCGACGAGCGUCGCAUGGCGCAACAACUCGGGCCUCGGGGACGGCGCGGCGCAGAUGGUGGAUCUGGAGGGCGGGUACUACGAGGGCGGCAGCAAUGUCAAGUACGGGCUGCCCGCCGCAUUCGCCACCACCAUGCUCGCCUGGAGCCUAAUCGACUUCCGCCGCCACCUCGAGGCGGCAGGCGGCGCCGCGCAGCUGACGGCGGCGCGCAACGCGCUGCGGUGGUCGACGGACUACCUGGUGAAGGCGCACACGGGGAUGAACGAGCUGUGGGCGCAGGUGGGCGACCCGGUGGCGGAGAGCGCGUGCUGGCAGCGGCCGGAGGACAUGAGCACGGCGCGCACGGCGUACCGCGUCAACGCCGACCACCCCGGCACCGACCUCGCCGCGGAAACCGCCGCCGCACUCGCUGCGGCGUCGCUGGCGCUGAGGCCCGUGGACGGCAGCUACGCCAGCACGCUGCUGGGCCACGCGGAACAGCUGUUCGUGUUCGCGGACACGUACCGCGGCAGCUACAGCGACGCGGUGCCGCAGGCGAGGCGCUUCUCGACGAGCGGCGAGGGCAGCAGCUACCAGGACGAGCUGGCGUGGGCGGCGGUGUGGCUGCACCGCGCCACGGGGUACGGCGUGUACGUCGACUACCUCGUCGCCAACGACGCGUGGAUAGGCGGCUCGGAGCAGCUGCAGCUGGAGAUGAGCUGGCAGCACAAGCUGCCCGCCGUGCAAGUGCUCAUCGCACAGAUGAUGCUGCAAGGCGGGCCCGCGGCGCUGUCGUCAAGCAUGGCAACCACGGCGGUGCUGGAGGGGUACCGCGGCAUGGCGGACCUCUUCGUGUGCGCGCACAUGCCCGCCAACCCCCUGCGCGCCGUCUACACCACGCCCGCCGGGCUGCUGCACGUGCGCGCCAGCAACGCGCAGUUCGCGCUGGGCGCCGCGUUCCUGCUGACGCUGCACUCGGACUCACUCGCGGGCAGUGGGCAGGCCGUGCAGUGUGAAGGGGUGACGUUCACGCCGCCCGCCAUCCUGGCCUUCGCACAGUCGCAGGUGGACUACCUGCUGGGCAGCAACCCGCUCAACCUCUCCUUCAUGGUGGGCUUUGGCUCCGCGUUCCCCCUGCGCGUGCACCACCGCGCGGCGUCCAUCGUGUCAUUCAACGUGAACAGCACGCAGGUGACGUGUGAGGGCGGCGUGGCGGACUGGCUCUACCGCGACGCGCCCAACCCCAACGUGCUCGUGGGCGCCAUCGUGGGCGGGCCCGACGCCAGCGAUGCCUUCCAGGACUCGCGGGUGCAGCCAGCGUUCACAGAGCCAUCCGCAUGCGCCAACGCACCCGCCGUCGGCCUCCUCGCCAGGCUCGCUGCUGGCACCCUGCCCCCCGCUCCCCCUCCUCCGCCCUUUCCCCCCGCACCCCCCUCCCCUCCUCCGCGCCCACCCGCCUCGCCCCCUCCUCUCUGUUCCGCGACCUCCUUGUUCUGCCCGUCGCCGCCUCCUGUCACUGUCACACCCUCAUCGGGCGCCACAGUGGACCCAGCAGCGCUGGUGACGGUGGCGUGUGAGGUGACGGGCGGGUGGCAGCAGUACGGCGAGCAGCAGAGCCGCUGGUCGUGCCGGGUGGCCAACACGGGCAGCGCCUUCCCCGUGCGUGACUUGCGCCUGCGCUGCCAUGACUUUGAGCCGUCACAGGCGUGGAACAUGGACGCGCUGUCCUGCCAGCUGCCCUGGUGGGCCGCACAGCUGGGCCCCAACGAGGCCAUCACCUUUGGCUUCGUGCAGUCCGCUGCUGUUACCUCCUCCCAGCCCUCCACUCAAGCCUCCUCCGAAUCCUCCUCCUAG